AUGCCCGGCGGCCCCGAAGAGCUCGAGGAGCUCGAUGCGAGCCAGUACUCGGACGACGAUGAGGAACAAGACGUGUAUACGACCCCUAGACCAUUCCACGCGACCGACUAUGUCUCGGUGCCCCUACAGCAACAGCGAUCGCGCGACGACGACUGGGAAUUUGCUCGCCCGGCCACCGCACAGGACUUCACGCGCCAGGAUGAUGAAUGGAGCGUCGGCGGGCACUCCGAGGGCGGGGUUCAGCAUCCUGCACCACAGGGCAUAGCAGUAGGGCAGGCGCUUACGCACGACUAUGCGCAUCCGGCCCAGAGACAUGUCGUGCCCCACCAGCUCGCGCAAACGUGGAUCGCAGAACCUGUGACGCCCGAGAAGACAUCGCGGUCCAGCCGCACUCCGCCCCGAACUCCCGAAGUGGUCGUACAUCAGUCACCCGAUCCGCCAGGCGAGCGGCGCUCGUCGUCCGCCGUCCCUCUACGGCUUCGCGUGGACACCUCUCCGCAGACUCCGCCAGGGCUAUCCCCGACCGAGUCGUCUUCGCCGGUGCACCCGAGCAUUGCACGCAUAGCGGCAUCUUCCCGCAACGGCUCUGCCGUGUCCAGUCUGGCGGCAUCGAACACUUCCUUAGUCUCGUCACAAUACCCCGGCGAAGACACCGAUGCGUAUCAUGUGCGGUCUACUUACGCACGUCUGGAUAUCGAGGGCGUAUUCGGUGACGGGUGGGACGAGGGAGUCGAGCGUACGCGCGGCGGCAUUGGGUCCGGGUCACGUAUGACGACAACUUGGCCGGAUACAGGGAUCAUGAGCGACCAGGAGCUCAAAUUCCUCAAGAGCCUGGAUCGUUACGGCUUUGUGGACCGGAACACGCUGACGCGAUCCGAGCAUCGUCUAGUCCGCGUCCCGGUCGCGCCUUUCAGCUCGCAUCCAAAGGUUUCGGCGAAGAGGGCCACCGAAGUCAAAGUACCGGCGGCGAAGGGACCACCGCCCUCACCUCCCGGCUUGCCGCCUGGUGGGCCUAGCCGAACCGAUGAAACGCGGCAGAGGAAGAAGGAGGCCGAGCGCGUCAACAAAUGGAUGGCGAUGAUGAGUGUGGCGGAGAGGGAUGAGGGGCGGAACGUGACUGGGUGGCGGUGGAGCUCGAAAGAGGCCGGGAAGCACAAGACUCGCGUGUGGAAAGGCAUUCCGGACAGAUGGCGUAUGGCGGCGUGGUGGACGCUCGCUGAGGCGGCGGCUAACGACGCGCGGCGCAAGGGCGAGCGCGUACCUGGGCAUGAGGCGCUCGAGGCCGACUACACAGUGCGCAAAGACUUGCCGAGCACGAACGAUGUGCAGAUUGACCUUGACGUGCCGCGCACCAUUUCGGGACAUGCGCUAUUCCGCACGCGCUUUGGGCACGGGCAGCGUGCCCUGUUCCAUGUCCUCCACGCGUUCUCCCAGUCCUGCGGGACAUGCGGGUACUGCCAGGGGAUGGGGAGUGUUGCUGCUACUUUGCUGUGUUACUUUGAGCCUGAGCGAACAUACUCGCUCAUGGUGCGGUUACACGACCUGUACGACAUGCACGGCAUGUUUGCGCCGGGAUUCCCGGGCCUGCUCGAAACGUUCUACGUGCAGGAGCGGCUAAUGGAGUCGAUCCUGCCGGAUGUGUACAUGAGCUUCAAACGAAACAUGAUCUCGUCCUCGGCUUGGGGCGCCAAGAUCUACAUCACACUUUUCGUCAACGUCGUGCCAUUCAACGUCCAACUGCGCUUGUGGGACGCCAUGUUCCUGGACGGCAUCGAUGUCAUGAUCAUUGCGGUCAUAGCCCUUCUCUGGGCUUAUCGGCGCGAGCUCGCACACCCGUCCGCCGACUUUGAGAGUAUCUUGAGUCUACUCAGCAGCUACUAUGUGCCCGAGGACGACGACGCCAUGCUCGAAUGGAUGCGGCGCCUGCUGUGGCAGCCUGGCGUGCGCGACCUCAUUACCCACUGGCGGCGUGAGUGGCGCAGAAAGGUGGAGCAGGGCGUGGCCAUGGAAGCGCUGCUGUAG